UGUAUGUAUUAAAGUGCAUCAAAAAGUGCAAAAAAAUAAACCAAUGUUAUUGGAAAAGUAUUAAUAAUAACUAUAACACAUAGCCUAGUGAUUCAAACUUAUCUAGAAGGGUUCAAACUGAGACAAAUGAUUAUGAUGAAGUAGAAUAAGAUAUUCAGACAUUCUAAGAUAUAUCCAAUUUCAAGCUUCGCAAUAAACUUAUAUCUUUUAAUAAACCAGCUAAAAAACCUAUAAUGAAAGAUUUUAAUACUUAAUAUCAAUAAUGUUUAAAAAAUGAGAACUAAACUAAACCAAUAUCUGAAGCUGUUAAAAAAUAUUAGAAACCUUAAGGAAUAGAUAAAAUCAAUACUAAAUCAUUAUUGAUCCCUUCAAAGACAACUAGACAAGAUUAUUCAACUUAUACUUACUAAAAUAUUAAAGCCAUUGGCAGUGGGUCGUUUGGUACAGUCUAUAAAGUAUAUAAUAAAUAAAGAUUUAUAGUCAAAAGUAAAUGAAACAGGAGAAAUAGUGGCAAUUAAGAAAGUAUUGUAGGAUAAAAGAUACAAAAACAGAGAGUUAUAAAUACUUUAAGAAUUAAAUCAUCCUAAUGUAGUUAAACUAAAGUAUGCUUAUUUCACACCUUCAGAUAAUAAAGAUGAGACAUAUUUGAAUGUAGUUAUGGAUUAUUUUCCAGAAUCAUUAUAUUCUUACAAUAAAUCAUUUAGAUAAGCAUAGGCCAGAAUGCCUGAAAUAUUAGUGAAAAUUUAUUCAUAUUAACUGCUAAGAUCAAUUUAGUAAGAAAUUAUAAAAUAUUUAGUUAUAUAUCAUUGUUAUCCAUAUGUCAUAGAGAUAUAAAGCCUCAUAAUAUUUUAGUUAAUCCUAAUCAUCAUAAACUUUAACUAUGUGAUUUUGGGAGUGCAAAAAAACUUGUAAAAACAGAAUCAAAUAUUUCUUACAUUUGUUCAAGAUGUUACAGGGCUCCAGAAUUAAUAUUUGGAGCUGUGAAUUAUGAUACUUAAAUUGAUGUUUGGUCAGUUGGUUGUGUGAUAGCUGAGUUAUUUAAUGGAGAACCUCUAUUUUUAGGUGAUAGUGCUGUUGAUUAGUUAAUUGAGAUCAUUAAAGUACUUGGAACUCCAAACAAGACUCAAGUACUAAGUAUGAAUUCAGAAUAUGAUAUGUAAUAAUAUAAAUUUCCAUAAAUUAAAGCAAGGGAUUGGAAAAGAGUAUUUAAUUUUAAUAUUUAGGUGAUAAAAACAAAUGAUAAUUUGGCUACUGAUCUAGUUUCUAAAUUACUUGUAUAUUGUCCAAAAACAAGAUUUACUCCAAUUCAAGCAUUAUGUCAUCCCUAUUUUGAUUAAUUAAGAGAUAUACAUUAAAUGAAAUAACUUCAAGAAAUCUAUAACUUCAAAAUUUAAGAAUUGUUUGAGUUUAGUAAUUGUAAGUUAUUUUUAAUAAUUAUCAUUAGUUGAAACUAAUAAAAUGACUAAUGAUGAAAUUAAAAAGUUAAUUCCUGAUUGGAUUAGCAGUAGUUCUUCUAAAAUUGUUAAGACAAUAGAUUGA